AUGUUUGUAUCUGCUGAAGUACUGGAUUUUUGUAUCAUUUUGAUGACGUUAUUUUUUCUAGUGAUUAUAGCUGUCAAUUUGUCGCUUCUCUCCCAAGUAAUGCCAUUCAGGCUUUCUCGUGGGACCUAUAAUGAUGGGCUUCUGUUGACUGAAGCUGGAACACUUGCUCGAGUGAUUCCAGUCUUUGCAGAUGGAAGAAUAACGCUGGCCUGGUAUUUGGGACAGGAUAGGCUGUUGAACGCCACCCUUCUUCCUUCCCUUGUGAUUUGCAUAGGUUCCAUUGUUGCCACCUGCUGUACCUUCAAUGAUCUCUUCUGA